GUUUAAAAAGCCGACCAAUCAGAGGCGUAGGACUCAGUUCUGUCUGGACGGCACAAGGGAAUCUAUAGUUAGUUGAGUUCUAACCUGGCUCGAACAGCAGUUCUAAAGGAGCAUCACUAGAGAAUGGGUUGUGUAAAAGCAAAAUUUUCUAAUUUAUGCUUAUGAGCCCAAGAAAUCACUCGGAUCAUAAGCAGCUCUGGUUUAUCUUUGAAUGAUUGCGAAGGCCACAACAUGCAGUCCCUCUUCCUCACAGCACUCCUUAGCUCAAUCGUCAUAGUUCUGGCACUACCAGAAUGGUACGAACAUAGAGGAGAAGUGCCUCUGCAAUCAAGGAGUGCAGUGAAUGUGUGCGGAGAUGACGUCAAGUGCCACUUUGGAGGUUACGUCAUCCGAAGAGGACAAGAGUCAAGAUGUUUUUGCUACAAGGGUCCAGGCGAGGUCUGCGGAGGACACGACAACAUUUUCGGUGCAUGUGAAACAGGAUUAGAAUGCAAUUCUUGCGGGAAAUGCAUAGGUUGCGCACACAACAUAUCUUAUGGCUUCAAGUGCUACGAUGACAACUGCAUGUAGGCUAAACGCAAUUUCGCAAAUAAUCACCACACUUGGCAUGUUCGAUUCUGGAUCGAACCACCGACUUAAACCACAUUCCCAAUUUACCCAGACAAGCAUCUCCAGGAGGAAAUUUCUUUAGCAAAAAAUUGACGUCAAAUCUAGGCUAAAUGCAAUAACACCACAACUGGCAUGUUCGAUUCUGGAUCGAACCAGUGAACCACCGACUCAAACCACAUUCCGUAUUUGCCUGAACUGCUCCAGAAGAAAAUUGCUUUAGCAGAAAAUUGACGCCUAUUCUAGUCAAUAAUGUGAUUCUUAACGAGAAUUUCCAUUACAAUUAUUUUUGUUCGGUAAUACAAUUAGUGCAUAGAAAAUCUAAUUUUCUUUCUACAGCGAGAGCUGAAACUCAUUUAAAUUACCUUUUUUUCUAUGUUCGUUAAAACAAUUACAAAUACUGUAUAUAUUUUUAUGUCAAGUUUUAGAUUCCUCUCGCAAUGUUUUAGAUUUAGUUCAAUAGUAAUAGAAAUGUAUUAUUUGUAAAAUGCAAGUUGACUAAAUUUCUUACUCGUAUUAAUCUUGAAACCUAUCUUAAUAAUAAUUAUUGUUGUGUGUUAGUUUUUCCAUGACUGUGUUGAAUAAAUCUUGCUAUAAUCCUAAUUUUAUCUGUGAUAUGUUUGAAUUUAUCUGUUUCUAAUGGUGUAAAAAUAUGAUUUAAUUUGUUGACUGAAUAACAUUAUUGGAAAGAAUUGAUGUUUUGCAUAACUUUUCUUGUAGGAUGUGUUCUGAAUUGAUCCAAAAUAAUAUAUAAACUUCAACUGAG